UCUGUGAAGACCGCAGCGUUCAUUGUUUCACUGAGGAUCAUCUCAUCUGGACAGGGAUCAUGGCCUACCAGUUCAAACUGGCUGAAAAACUGCUCAUACUCAAUGAACGGGGUCAAGGAGUGCUGAUCAGGAUGAACCACAUUAAAAAAGUAUGCACAGACUCAAAGCGAAGACCAUCAUACUUCACUGAAAAAAGCAUGGAGUCUUCUGUAAAAUACAUCAACAGAAAAUUCCCCAACAUUGACAUCAGGGGUGGCAGUCAACAUCUGAGCAGCGUACAGAAGCAGAAGUCAGUUGUGUUGGAGGGCCUGCACAGUUACUACGAGUCCUUCAUUGAUGUCAUGGAGUUCAGGGACCAUGUUUAUGAGUUGCUCAACACAAUAGAUGCCUGCCAGUGCUACUUUGACAUAGCUGUAAAUUUUGACCUCACCAAGAACUACCUGGACCUUAUCGUCACCUACGCCUCAGUCAUUUACAUGCUGUCCCGUAUUGAUGACAAGAAGGCGAUUGUCGGAAUGUAUAACUGUGCAUUUGAGUUCUGCAAUGGAAACAGUGAUCCCUCAUUCCCUCGACUUGGUCAGAUGUUUAUUGAGUACGACCAUCCCUGGAAAAAACUUUCAGAGGAGUUUGGUCCCCACACCAAGUCUGUGACAGGGGCUCUCCUCUCGCUACGCAUGGUGUAUCCACGGAGGAAUCUGUCUGCUGAUCAGUGGCGCAGCGCUCAGCUCUUGUCUCUGCUGGCGUCCCCUGCUGCCAUGCUCAGCCCUACAUGCUGUGACACCAUGGCUUGUGAGUAUCUGUCCAUGGAGGUGAUGGAGCGCUGGAUCCUCAUUGGCUUCCUGUUGUGCCAUAGCAGUCUAAACGCCAAUGCAGACUCUCAGAAUCUGUGGAAGAUGGCCCUGCGUAACGGCCUGUACCUCACAGUCAUCAGAGACGAGAUUCUCAACAUACACAAGCUCUCCGAGGACUUCUUCGACAGUCUCAAAGGGUACAGUAAGCGCAUUCCCGACAUCAAAGAAUGUAAAGAGUAUGUCAUCAUUAACUGCGGGGCAUUGCGGAGAGAGAAGCGCAACUUCCUGAGAAAUGCUCUGAAGGAACUUACCAAAGUUUUGGAGGAUGAACCUGCUUUGCUUGGACCCAAGGCUUUGUUUGUGUUCAUGGCGCUGUCGUUCUCCCGAGAUGAAGUGCUCUGGCUUGUGCGUCAUGCUGAGAACAUCCCCAAAACCAAGACCCCGGAGGACUACGCAGACUCACAGAUGGCAGAGCUCCUCUACUACAUGGAAAAGCUGCGCACUCUAUUGGCUCAACACAGAUAUGUUAUACAACGCUACCAUCUGCAGUACUUGUCACAGUAUGAUGCUCUAGCGCUGAACGACACCAUUCAGGGUAUGUACGUCUGUCCGGAGGAAGAAUCCGUUCUUAUGUCGUCGUUUGUCUCAACUCUGUCCGCACUGAGUCUCAAGCACUUGGAUGCAGGAGAAGAGUUUGAUCUGAAACCAUUCAGACUGGACUGGUUAAGAUUGCAGGUGUACACCAGUGCUGGUAAAGCUGCUCUGGCACUGAAGGACUACCCUGAUCUUGCCAAGGUCAUGAACAUGGCCCAGUUUCACACUAGGAUGAUGGACAAUAUGAAUGAACUCCUCUGUGAGACGGCUGAUCUCUCUAUUCUCUGUUUCCACGCGCGUGUGUUUGAGAAGCUGUUCUCUCAGAGCAGUGAGGAUGUGUCCAUGCAGCGCUACCUCACGGCUUUCCCAGUCAUCUGUUCACACUUCAGUCAGUGUCUCCAUCCGAUCUGUCCAGAGGAGACUGAGGAAAUAGAGAAUCAAAGCUUGAAGCUGUGUGUGAGCUUUCUGGAGGAGAUUUCCCGACAGACGUGUACGGUUGUGCUGGAGAUAUGUGCUGAACAGUGUAACCUACAUGAGAAGUUACUGCCCAAAUACAGUGCUGAGACCAUCAGUACAGCACGCAACAAAAAACUGAAGAAGUCAUUACCAAAGAAAGGAGACGUGCCUAAAGUGAAACCAGGGGCAGAAAGCCUCAGGAAGGACAGAGCCAUCGUCACAAAACACAAAUUCGUCUGGUCCAAGAACUACAUGGAAAUGACAGAACCUGAACGCAUGACCUUAGAGACCAAGGGCUGUGAGAAUGUUUUGAAGAGAAUGACGAUUAUUGGUGUGAUUCUGUCAUUUCGCGCUAUGGUCCAAGAAGCUCUUGCGGAGAUCAUGGACAGACACUGCCCAUUUCUAACGAGACCCAUCAAAUGCCUAAAGGACUUCAUCUACCCUGAAGGUGACAUCAAGGUCACACUCAGUGUAUAUGAAAUGGCUUCAGCAGCUGGUUUGCCUUGUGAGAUCGACCCUACGCUGGUUUCAGCGAUAGCAAACAUGCAGACAGACAACUCGUCCAUUGAGGAGGAGUUCAAAAUUACGUGCCUGCUGCUGGUUUAUAUAGCCGUGUCUUUACCCACCCUGUGCCUGGAUCCAAACUCUUUCUACCGCCGAGAACAUGGAGGUCAUCAAAACAACAUUCAUUGCUUAGCCACUGCAGUUAACCAUCUUGCUGCAGCUAUGUUCACUGUCCAGAGAAAAAAUAUCCAGACACAGCUUCAAGAAUUCCUGAAGGUGGCAUCAUCUAUCUUACUGCAAUUAGGUCAGAAUGUGGAGCGAAUGGAAAUAAAGAACAGAGAUUCCGUUUAUCUCAUUCUACACAUGAUAGUGGAGCAGUCACCGUUCCUGAGUCAAGACAUGCUGGAAAUGUGUUUUCCAUAUGUACUCCUCCGAAACGCUUACAGAGAGGUGCACAAGACUUUCAUCCACACUAUGGGCUAAACUUAUGAGGAUGUAAAAUCACGACUUUGUUUUUGUACGUAUCAUAGUUUAACAAUUUAAAUUGAUAUUCAGCUGGUUUAAUUUUUAUUGUGAAUACUUGUCUAAGUAGAUUCCAGUGGACUCUGGUGAAAUUAGGGUCGAAAUAAAGUGUUACCGAAAAUAACAAUAUAUAGAAAGGUGUUAGCAGUAUACAGCUGCAUAUAAUACUUAUUUAAGUUUUAACCUUGUUAACACGAUGAUUAAUAACAGAAAGUUGUAUUUUCAUGUAGGUCAUUCUCACGAGCUGUUGCAUUAUACAAAUUCACUGAUAACCAUAAUUUGCACAUUUUUAAAAAUCUUCUUUAUUGCUCCAGAAUAUAAGUAGAAAUUGCAGUGCCUAGCAGAAGCAUCUAAACCAGUAUAUAAUAAUAACCUGCUAGCAUACUAAAAUAGUUUCUAGACAAUGACUGUGCUGUACAUUGCACAAUUGUAUUUUUUUUUUAAUGCAUUUAAAUUGUAAAGCUUUUUCUAGAAAUGAUCAAAAAUUUGAUUUAUAAAGUGAAAAUGUUAUCGAAUAAA